UGCGGGUGCGAGCUUGAAAAAUGCUUACAGGUCGCGCAACUUUCCGCCACAUAACAGCGGCGGGAUGAAACCGCUGUCAUCACAGUAUUAUUUUUGCCUCGAUCUUGGCUUGAUUCACAAACAUUCAGAACGGAUCUCACUCAUCGUUUACAUCUCUUCCUAGAAGUUUUCAAUAUGGUCAUCUUAAAGGGGAUUCCUAGAAACAUUUCUCCGGAACUACUGUGCGUUCUUGGACAAAUGGGGCAUGGGGACGAGAUAGUUCUUGCUGAUGCCAACUUUCCUUCGUCUUCCACUUGCAGGAAUGGCGCAAAGGAGAUUCGUGCUGAUGGUCAAAACAUUCCGGAGCUGCUCAAGUCUAUCAUGCAGUUGUUCCCGUUAGACACGUAUGACAAACCAGCAUACGUAAUGGAUCUGGAACCGCAAGACAAGGCGCGCAACCUUCCGACGCCGAUUUGGAAAGAAUUUGAAAGAAUUAUCAACGAAGCCGAGCCCGGGCGGCAGCUGGAAGUGACUAAACUCGAACGUUUCAAAUUUUACGAAAAAGCAAAAGGUGCCUUUGCAGUCGUGGUAACGAGCGAAGCGGCCCUUUACGGGAAUAUCAUCCUGAAAAAGGGUGUAAUACCCUAAAAGAGGUUUAACAAUACAAUGUAAUGCAGAUUCAUUACAAGAUAAUGGAUUAUAAAUCCGAAUGAUAGUCAAGGUCCUUCCGUGUCACAUUUGGGUCUGAGAGUCCAGUACUUAAGGAAUUUUCAGUUGUUUAAUGUUUACUACGAAAUUCAUUGAAGAUGCCGUGGUUGAAAAGUUGCCAGAAAAACUACGUGGUCCUUCAAAUUGGAAACUAUACCUUUUGUAAUAAUUUAUUUGUAUGUAAGUA